UCCACCUUUAUUGACACAUACUCUGUUGUGCGAACUUGACGAUUUAUCCUCACAUACAUCUCAUCGCUUGUAUACCAUAAAAUGUCGCCAUCAGCUACCGAAGCCGUUGCUCCAAUUGCUGAGAAUAUUAAGCAAAAGGUUAUUCCUGAUACCCAGAAGGAAACGCAAGACAGCCCAAAGUUGGAGAGUUCUCUGGCUGUUGGUGAGACAGAUUUAGAGGACGAACAGCCGAAGCUUGAGACGAACCACAGAGAGCCCUUAAAGCUAAGUGGUGCUCUUUACCAAUUCGCGCAGUUUGAUGUCACACCGGUGAUUGGAAGGGAGUUUAUAGACGUAGACUUGGCCGAAUGGCUACGAGCUCCUAACUCAGACGAGCUUCUACGCGACCUAGCUAUUACGAUAUCACAACGCGGUGUGGUAUUUUUCCGCAAGCAGGACAACAUCAACAACGACUUGCAGAAGGAGCUAGUUCAGCGGCUCGGUGAACUAUCCGGUAAGCCGGCCACCUCCAAGUUACACAUCCACCCCGUGAUAAACUCCGGACGCGAGCACGGUGGUAACGAUGACGAGAUUAGCACCAUCUCGUCUCAACAGGCCAAGAGUCUCUACUCUAAGAAGGACAUCUGGGCCGAGAAGAAGCAGACGCAGAAGAACCAAUGGCACUCGGAUAUCACAUUCGAGCCUAUCCCUAGCGACUACGCGCUGCUGAGGCUCACUGAGCUACCCAAAACCGGAGGUGACACCCUAUGGGCCUCCGGCUACGAGCUUUACGACCGCAUCUCCAAGCCACUCCGGGGCUUCCUAGACACAUUGACAGCGUACUACGCACAGCCGGCGUUCAACGAGGCCGCAGAGCGUAACAACUUCAAGAUCUACUCCGCGCCGCGCGGUGCGCCGGAGAACGUAGGCGAGGUCCUAGAAGCCGUGCACCCGGUCGUGCGCACGAACCCCGUCACAGGGUGGAAGAGCGUGUUCGCCGUGGGCCACCACGUCAAGCACAUCCACGGGCUAUCCGAGGCCGAGUCUCGCGGCUUUCUGGACUGGUUCGUCCAGCUUAUCGUCGAGAACCACGACCUCCAGGUCCGCUUCCGCUGGCAGCAGCCCAACGACUUGGCUAUCUGGGACAACCGCAGCGUUUACCACGCCGCCACGCCGGAUUACCUAAACCAGGGGCUCGGAGAGCGCACGGGUUCCCGCGCGGUGAGCUUGGGCGAGAAGCCUUACUUUGACCCGCAGAGCAAGAGCCGAAGGGAGGCUCUGGCUGCUGAGGCAGCUACCGCAGUGGCAUAG